AUGACUGAGUACAAGCUGGUGGUGGUGGGAGCAGGCGGUGUGGGGAAGAGUGCCCUCACCAUACAGCUCAUCCAGAAUCAUUUUGUGGACGAGUACGAUCCAACCAUAGAGGACUCUUACAGAAAGCAGGUGGUGAUCGAUGGAGAGACGUGUUUGCUGGACAUCCUGGACACGGCAGGUCAGGAAGAGUACAGUGCAAUGAGAGACCAGUACAUGAGGACGGGGGAAGGCUUCCUCUGCGUGUUUGCCAUCAACAACACCAAGUCCUUUGAAGAUGUGCACCUCUAUCGAGAGCAAAUCAACAGAGUGAAAGACAGCGACAGUGUCCCCAUGGUGCUGGUGGGAAACAAGAGUGACCUGAACACACGCACAGUGGAGUCCAGACAGGCGCAGGAGCUGGCCCGGAGCUACAGCGUCCCGUUUGUGGAGACCUCGGCUAAAACCAGACAGGGGGUUGAGGAGGCCUUUUAUUCACUUGUGCGUGAGAUAAGAAAAUACAAAGAAACCAAGCGCAGCAGCAAAAAGAGCAAAAAGAGCAACCAGAGACGAUGCACCAUUCUAUAG